AUGAUUAUCGAUCUUCAGAUCAUCGAUGAGAUGAGCUGCCAACUUCAAGAAUUGCCCAAGAAUGUACGCCAAAUGGCUAUCCUGUCGACCGAGUAUCUUGAUCUUGCGUUUGUCUCCGAGGACCCGGCACAAAAUGAGCGCAUCAAGGCUGUCCUGUCAAGCGAUUACCUUGAUCUGGCUUCGCUUCCAAUCACAAAGAAGGCCGUUAAGCAACUUCUGGCCGAGGGAAAGUUGAUCGUCAAGAACCUCCCUGCAAAUGGUUUCAGACAAGACCGAUUCAUCAUGGUUCCAAACGGCAAAGUCACAAUCGUUGACAAUUUCAAGCUCCAAUUGCUAGGCCCAAAUGGUCAAUUCCUCUUCUUUCCGAAUCUGCCACUUGAGCUCAGAACCAAGAUCUGCGAGUUGGACCUCCCUCGACGUUUACUCCAUGCUAUCGAAGUUCUCAAUCCCGAUGGCAUCGGCUCGCACUACGUUGUCAUUGGUGCUUACCGUCCCGCAAUCUGCAUGGCAUCAAAGCAGGCCGAAUCUGACUUGACCGCAACCAAGUAUGCAAAGAUGUUGCAGACUGUUCCAGGAGGACGACGCUUGUACUUUCACCCCAAGUUGGAUGUCUUGAGGAUCGACAGCCUCUUGCCUUUGGGCCCACUUGACUCCAAUUACCGUGUUCGUGCUCCCAGAAUGGCUCUCCCAGCUGUUCGUGUCCAUGAUGGCCUCGGCCUCUCUAACGUCCAGUGCAUCUGCAUGGAUCUCUUUACUUUCAUGAAGUACCUCUCUUGGGCUCGAGCAAAUACCGGUGCGAUGGUUUCUCUCAAGGAGAUUCACCUGAGCGUGGUCAUCCCCACCCUUCGACUCCCAAAGUCCGCCUGGGAUAUGGUGAAGUUCAAGAAGAGUGAGGAAGGAUUCACCGCAGAAUACACCAGAGACAAUGUUGCCGUGUACGGCGUUGGUGCUUUCGAUACAUUCUCCCGAAAUGUGGAUGACAUCUGCUUCAUGAGAGACUUCGAAGAAUGGUCUGGUCUCCUUCACACACUCAAUGACAAGUUGCACGAAUGCACCAUGCUUAAGAGCAGUGGCCUGCCGGACAUUGUCAAAGUCAUCUUCCGCUUCGAAUACCUUCCAGGUGUGCGCUCACUGCCAUAUUGA